AUGGUUUGCAAUUACUAUCCUAUGGAUCCUAUAGCUUGUAUAAGCAAAACCGAAGGCAUAAUGUGUAAUUUUCGCAUUUAAUCACUUAGGUUAAUUUAGUGUUUUUGACAAUGCAUGUUUAGCAAUUCAUAGUACAAAUGUUGGAUGCAUUCCUUAAUUGAAUAAAAUGGCAUGUUUAAAUUAACUGACUAAUAGUGAUGGUAGUGAAGCAAGAUGUAUAAUAUUUAAAGUUAUUUGUAGGUUACUUUGGAUAACGAUGUAUGGAUGCUUAACUAACUCAUUUAAUGAAUUUAGGAUGUUCAUAAUAGCUUUCAAGAAAUUCUUGUACAAAUGUGAUUGGAAAGGAUUGUUUUUGGAAUGGAAAUGAAUGUAAAGAGGCUUAAAGUAGGACAAUAGAAAUUGCAUAUUGUUCUGAAGUUUAUAAGGCUCCAGUCACAGCUAGUUUAUGUUAAAAAAUAAAGGGAAUAAAUUGUAUGAGUAGCUAAUUUGAAGGAGACUAUGGUUGUAUUAAUGUAAAGGAUGAAUAGAUUUAAUAUUUAAAAUGUAAUACUCCUGGUUUGAAUGAAGACACUUGUGUUAGGAUUACUGGAUAAAAAUGUAACUUAUAUGAGUAAAAUAGGCAUAUUUAAAAACAUGAUGUGUUAUGAAUCUAAUGAAAUGACAGAAUGUAAUGAUUCUGUAAAUAAAGAAUUAUGUUUAUCUGUAGAGAAUGCAAAUUUGACGUGUAGAUGGUAUAAAAACAGAUGCUAAGUUGCAAUUUUGAAGGAAACUAUGAAAUGUGAGGAUUAUACUGAAGUAAAUCCUACUGUUUGUGCUAAAUAGAAAGGAUUAUGUUAAUAUAAAGAUGGUAGAUGUAUAAUUCCAAAAAAAAUGGAUUAGAGUUGUUCAGAUUUAGGAUUGAGUAAAGAAAGCUGUUUAGAAGUCAAAGAUGAUUAUUGUUAAUUUAUUGAUGGUUAAUGUAAGAGAUUAGAAAAUGAAUAAUUAAAUCAUAUACUUUGUAAUAAUUUAAAUGAGGAUGCAUGUGUUAAUGUAACAACUUAAUUUUAAUUUUGUAAAUGGACAGGAUUUGAGUGUGUUACUAUAUUUAUAAAUUAAGAUUUAGAUUGUCCAAUAUAAAAUGUAGAUAAGAAUGUAAAAUAUAAUGGAAAUGUGUGUAGAGCUAUAUCAAAGCCUGGAGUUAGAUGUAAAUACAACAAAAAAAAAUCUUUAUGUGAAAAGAGUAUAGAUAGUGAUGAUUGUACAACUUCAUAUUUAAAUUUAAAUGGAUGCACUGCUAUUUAAGGAAUGGCUUGUAAAUGGACUGAUAGUGGAUGUUUAGUAGCAUAAAUAACUUAAGAAAUUACAAGUUGUUUAGAUUUAGGAUUUGCUAAUUAAGUAGCUUGUUCUUAAGUACUAAAAUCAGAUGAAGAUGGAUGUUAUUUUGAUAUUGAUGCUUAAUAGUGUAGAUUAGUUAAUGAAUAAUUACUUAAACAAAUAUAAUGUACAGGUAUGGGAUUAAGUAGAAUUGCAUGUGCUUAAGUAAUAACUAUUGGUCAAAUAUGUAGAUGGUAUAAUAACUAAUGUUAAUAAAUAAAAACUAAAUAAGAUGUUUCAUAAGUAUUCUGUUUAUAAAUGUAAUAUGUUAAUCCUGCUGCUUGUGCUUUAGUUGAUGCAGGCAAAGAGGUUUGUAGAUAUGAACAAAAAGCUAAGGGAUGUGUAAAUAGUUUAGAUACUGAAUCCAUGACUUGUACUUAUCCAGGAUUAAAUGCUUAUGCUUGUGCUUAAAUUUAAUUGAAAAGUUGUUAUUAUGAUAAAAUUAUGUGGUAAUGUAAAUAAAUAUAAGUGAUAUCUGCAAAUUAUCUUACUAGAAAGUUGACUGAAAAAUUAUUAUUGAAUUCUGAUUGUAUUAAUAGUUCACCUACUCCUGAUGUAUGUAGAUCAAUAACUAAAAUUGGAUAGAAGUGUACUUGGUUAUUCAGGGAAAGUAGAUGUUCAACUUAAUUUAUUACAUUUAAUGAAAGUUGUUUGGAUUAUAAUUCAGCAUAUACUGGUAAGAGUAUUUUAAUAAAUCCUAAUGUUUGUGCUUCAAUAGAAAUGGAAUUACCAGAAUAUGAUGCUGUUAGGGGUCCUUUGAUUGAUAAAAUGAAAGGAUAUUGUAUUUAUGAAGGUGGUAAUUGUAAUGUAUUUAAAGCAAUUUGUGCUACUCCUUGUUGUACUGAAUUUAUUGGUAUCAAUUCUCAUGUUUGUGGAAGAUUUUCUACAGGUAAAUAUUGUUAUUUCAGCAAUGAAUUAAAAUGUACAGAAUUAACUAUGGAUGUUGUAGAUAUCACAGUUGAAAAAUAAGUUAAGGAUUUUUACAAUUCUUAAUAGCUUAAAUGUUCUUCUAUGAAUAAAAAUUCAUGUCAUAUGAUUGAAUGGUCUACUUAAUAGCAUUGUUAUUUUAAUGGUAAUUUAUGUGUCAAUAUCAAUUUUAAUUUAUUUCCUAAUUUAAAUAUAUUUACUGAACCAACACAAAUAUUAAAUAAAUAUGCAUGUUUAUCUAUUGAAGCUAUGAUAUCAACUCAAAAUACAGUAAAAUAUUUUGGAUACUAAGAUAAACAUUGUAUAUCAGAUCCACCAAUUAUAGAUUUAUUAAAUUGUGAAUCUACAGAAUUAAAUAGUAAUGCUUGUUAAGUUAAAUAUACAGAUAUUUAUUGCAGAUGGAAUAAAUAAGAAUUAAAAUGUAAAAAUGUAGAUGCUGAAUAUGCAUCAAAUUUAAAUUAAUGUGAUUAAUAUUUAAAUGAAUAUGGAUGUGUACGUAUCUAAAAAGCAAGUUGUUUCUUUUCUUAUUUAAUUGAUAAAUGCAUAGAUGCACCAAGAUCAGUAUCAUGUGGAUAUUUUGGAUCAUUAACAGGUAAGGUUAGUAGAUUGGCAUGUAUGAAUAUUAAUUUAGAUGGAUAAAUAUGUGGUUAUGAUGAAAUCAAUCAUGUAUGUGUAGAUAUACUUACAGAAUCUGAUAAUUGUGAUUUGACAGAUGGUAAUUCAAUUGCAUGUUAUUCGAAAACAAAAGGUGAUUGUAGAUGGAAUGAUUAAGAAAUGUAUUGUUAUGAAAAUGAUUAACCAAUUGAUAAAUUAGGAUGUGAAGAUAAUGUAAGUAAAGAAUUAUGUUUAAAAAUUGUUUCAGAACCAUGUGAAUGGAAUUUUCUUAAAAUGAGAUGCAUAAAAGUAAGAAGUGCAAUGGCUUCUAUGAUAUCUCCUGAUAAUCUUUAUAAUGCUGAGGCAUGUGCAUAAGUUUUUGGUGCUCCUUUUAGAUUUGAUAAGGAUUUAAAUAAAUGCAUCUAACUUACAGACUCAGAUUUAUAUAAACCUUAAGCAAAUCCAACAGAUCCAUUAGAACCUAAUAUAUUUUGUGAUGGAACAUAGAUUUUAAAUGUAGACGCAUGUUUAUUUAGUACAUUGUAUUAGAAAUGUUAUUUUGAUAAAACAUAAAUAGCUGAGAAGAGAUGUCAAACAUUUUUAGGAGUUUAAACUUCUUGUGAAUCACCUUAUUUGAUUAGUUUAUAAAUGUGUACUGAAGUUCCAUAAUCAUGUUAUUUUGUUAAAUCAACUUAUGAAUGUAAAUAUAUAAGAAUUGAUGAUUCUAUGAAAUGUAGCUAGCUUAGAGAUUAAUAAGCAGAUUAUCUAUUUAAUAUAAUAUCUUGUGCUUCUAUUAAUUAUGAUUUUCAAGAAUAUUUAGGUGAAUUAUAAUGCUAAAAAUCAGGUAAUCCUGAUAAAGAACCAGAUUAAUAAUUUAUAUAGUAAUGUAGAGCAGAAAAAUAUUGCAAAUGGGAUUCAGAUAUCAAUACUUGCUAAAUUAUGGCAUUAAAAGAUUUAGAGUGGAAAUAAGAAUUAAGAUGGGUUACAAAUAAAGAUGGAUUUACAUAUGAAUAAUUAUUUUAAUGGUGUGAAGAUACACCUAUAGUUUAUAAAGCAGAUGAUUGUCGUAAUAUAUUUAGCAAAGGUGUUUGUUUACAAUUAUCAUCUUAAUGUGUAUUUGAUCUUACUAUGGGAGGAUGUUAUAACAUUGAAAAUAAUGAAUAAUAAAUAUUAUCAUGUGAAAAUAUUAUUGGAACAAAUUGUUUGAAAUCUAGAAAUCCUAAUGCUCCAUGCAUUAUAGAUAAUGAUAAAAGUGUAGAAUUUCCUAAAAUAAAUACAUGUAGUGGUUUUCCAAAUAAAGAAGAAUAAAUUUGUAAAUAGACUGCUCCUAAUAAAUGUAAAGAUGCUUAAGAUUUAGGAAGUGUUAGUCCUAUUGUUUGCAGUAGAGUUAGUGAUAAUUGUUAUUAUGAUGGAACAAAAUGUUCAUCUGAUACAAAGAAGAAGAAAUGCAAUGAAACAUUUAGUUAUAAUGCUUGUCUUUCAAAUGGAUGUGAUUUUACUUUAGGAUAUUGUUAAUAAACGUUUGCUCUUCCUUAAUUUAAUUAAGAUAGUCCAUUCUAUCUUUAUCAAUGCUAAUAUAUUAAUAAAUUAACUAUCAAAGCUGUUGUAAAAAGAUCAAUUUGUGCAUAAAUGAACUUUCCUUGUGCAUUUCAAAAUGAAUUAUGUGUUUCAGCAGCUCAAGUAGAUUGUUCUUCAUUAACUUAAUUAUAUGUUAGUUUGUAGACUUGUAUUUAUUGCUUAAAUGGUGCAUAUGCUUAUGACUCAAUAACAUAUUAAUGUAAUCCAUUAUUAGUUGCUUAAUAAGGAUGUGAUAAUACUAAUAAAUAUGGUUGUCUAUCAAUGACAACAGAUAAGAAUUGUGCUUGGACAGGAAUGAAUUGUGUAGAAUAAAGUGAUGAUGAUGUGUAAUUGUUAACUGAUUGUACAUUAACAAAUUCUUAUGGCUGUCCAAAAAUAAAAAAUGCUUGUUGGGUAUCUCCAUAAACAAAAUUAUGUUCAAUAGUAGAUAUAUAUUCAGAUUGUUCUUUAAUUAGAAAACAAAAUGGAAAUCAAUAAGCAUGUAUAAUUAGUAAUUAACAAUCUUGUUAAUGGUUAAAUGAAUAAUGUGAAGAUUAUCCAUUAGAUAGUAUGGAUUGUUCAAAAGCUAAUAAAUUUGGUUGUUUAAAUUUGAGUAAAGUUUCAUGUGGUUGGUCUGAAGAAGAACAAAAAUGCUAUGAAAUUGAAUCUAAACCAUCAAUAAGCAAAUGUUCGGAAUUUUUUAUUAGUAAUAAGAAUUUAGUAAAAUUCAAUUCAAGAUCUUGUUAAUAAAUAACUGGAUUGCCAUGUUUUAGAGAUAGAACUUUAAGAUGUAAUUCAAUAGGAGUUAAAGAUAAACCUACAUGUGAAGCUACUGGAAUGAAUUAUUUAGGAUGUAUUAUAUAUUCUACAGGAUAUUGUUAAUUUAUUGAUGGUUAAUGUGUAACUAUCAAAGAUUUACAAAAUAUUUUAUGCACAUCACCUAUUAAUAAGGUUGCAUGUUUUAGUUUGAGUUUGACAUGUAAAUUUGAGAAUAAUGAAUGUUCAGAUUAUGAUGUGAGUUCAUUUACUACUAUUGCAGAAUUAACAACCAAAAUGUCAUAUCCUUAUUCACAAUCAGUCUGUAAAGCAUAUUAAGAAUUAGAAGGAUAAACUCUUUAAUUAUUUUAUGAUGAAAUAGAUGGUUAUUGUGUAGAUGCAAACUAAGAUAAACCAUUUAUUUAUAGUUGUAAUACUAAAGGUUUAAAUGAGAUUACUUGUUUAAAAUAAACAAAAAGUCUUUGUUAAUAUUCAUAGAAUCAAUGUCUAGAUUUAUCAACAUCUGAUUUAAUGAAAGCAUAAAUUUGUGAUCCUACAUUUAAUUGGAAUGCAUGUGCUUCUAUUAAAUUGAAAUGUAAAUUUUAUUAAAAUAAAUGUUAAUCAGUAAGAGAUUCUGAAACUUGUAUUUCAUUAGCAGGAAUAAUUGUCUCACCUCUAGCUUGCUCUAGUAGAUCUUCAAAUACAAUUGCUUGUCUGUAUGAUAAUGAAACUCAUUCAUGUAUUACAUCUAAUGAUACUAACUUUUCCUGUACUUAAAAUGGAUUAAAUUAAUAUGGUUGUUAAAUGAAUACUUAAUAAGAGUUCUGUAGAUUUAAUGAUUUAAAUAGUACUUGCAUAGUUACAUAUGAAACUAAUUUGAAUUGUCAACAUUUAACCAAUAAAAAUAAAUGUUUAUUCAUAAAGACUCCAAAAUAAUACUGCAAAUUUGAUAAUGGAUGUAUCUCAUUAGAACCAAUAUAAGUCAUUGAUUGUUAUAAUCUUACUCCUACAAAUCCAAUGACUUGUACAGCUGCAGAAACAGUAGCAUGUAAAUAUGAUAAAACAACUUAAACUUGUGUAUCAGUUCCUGAUGCUAUGAAUACUGAUGAACCAUGGUCAAAUGUAGUUUCUUUUAAUUAAGCUGCCUGUAUGAAAUAUCAAACUGCAAACACUUAAGUAAUAUAUACAACAGAUGGAUGUAUCAUUGUUGAUCCAUAAUCUUUAAGUGAUUUAACUUGUGAUUAACCUGUUAAUCAAUUUGCUUGUUCUUAAAUUACAAAUCCUACUUAAUAUUGUAUUUAUUAAAAUUACAAAUGUUAAUACAAAUUACCUUCUUAAAUAACUGUGAAAUCUUGUUUAAGUAUUGGUUAUGUAAAUAGAUAAGAAUUCUGUGAAUAAGCAGAUGAUGUUCCUUGUAAAUUUAAUUCUUAUACUAAAUAAUGUGAAUAAAUAGAUAUAGUGGCUGAACCAUUAACUGCUUGUGUUAGAGGCAUUAAUAAAAUAGCUUGUGAUUCUGUUCCUAUUUGUUAAUUUGAUUAAUUUUGUUUAGAAAUUACAGCUAGUUGUACUGGUGGUUCUGAUUGUAUAAAUGUGAAAUUAUAACCAUGUAAAAUAGUCAAUAAUAAUUGUAUAUUGGCAACAGAUUUGGAUACUCUUUAAUGUUAAUAAGUUGCUAACAAAUUAGCAUGUAUUUCUAUUACAACUUCAGAAUAAUAUUGUCGUUUCUCAUCUUCAUUAUGUAGUCUUGAAAAUUUAGAUGAUUUUAAAUAAUAAAAUUGUGAAACUAUAGUAAAUAUUAAUUCACCUUACUUUUGUGAAUAGCCUACUGAUAUUCCUUGUAGAUAUAAUUAAUUUGAGAAUAGAUGCAUUGAAUCACUAUCUACAGAUAAUUUUGAUUGUAUUCGAGGUCUUAAUGAAUAUGCCUGUUUAAAUAACACUAAAUAAGAUCUAAGAUGUAGAUUUGCUGAUUUUUGUUAUGGUCCUACUUAACCUAUGUUUGAUUGUGAUUAAACUAUUUUUGAUUGUUGUAAUAAAGCACCUAACAAGAAUACUUGUUUAUUAUAGGAUAUAUUAAAAUGUUAAUGGAAUGGUAAUCAAUGUAUAAAAUAUGAUGCUCCUAUCACUACUUGUAAUUUAAAUAAUACAUCUAAAUUAACAUGUUUACAAUCUGUUGAUUCAAAUUGUGUUUUUAAUUUAUAGACAUCCUCUUGUCUUCAAAUAUUAUAACCAACUUCUUGUGAUUAACUUUAAUCUGAAUAUUAAUGUAGAACUGUGUAAAUUCUACCUUGUGUUUGGAAAAAUGAUUCUUGUAAAUAUCAUUAAUCAAAUGCUUAUGAACUUUGUCGUGAUAUUGCUAAUCUUAAUGGUUCUUAAAGGGCAUGUCUUAAUGUAAUAAGGAGUGGUUAAAUGUGUCAAUUUAAAGAUGGAAUAUGUUAAUCAUAUAAUCAUACUACUGAUGAAUGUUUAGAUAAUAUAAAUAAAAUUGCAUGUAUUAGUCAAACUACAACUAAAUGUUUAUGGAAAACUCAUAUGCAACAAAUUAAAAUAAUUAGAUCCACUGAUCCUAUUGAAGUUGAAUUUGGAUCAUGUCAACCAUAUAUUCCAAAUCAAAACCAAAUUUGUAAUGAUAAAUUAAGUUAUUUAUCUUGUUUAUCAAUUACAACAAUUCGACAAUUUUGUAAAUGGUUUAAUGGCUAAUGUGUUCAGAUAUCUGAAACCAAUUAAAUUGUAACACCAACAACACAUUUAUUAGUUAAUGUAAAUGCAUGUGCAUUAAUUAAUUCUGUACCUGUAUAUUAUAGUCCAUUAUAAUCAUUAUGCAUACCACUCUAAGAAGGUGAUUAGAUCUCUUGUUUACCACCAACUCCUGGUUUAAACAUGAAAGCCUGUCUUUCUAUUACCAAAUAAACAUGCAAAUGGAAUUUUAAUAAACGAUAAUGCGAAUAUUCAUAAUCUUAAAAUUAUAGACAUCUUUGA